GCUCAGAGGCGUUACUCGGCAUUCUCUCCCCGAGUGCGGGCGGUGGCUGCGGGCUCCCGGACUCUAGAGCUAGAUAGAGCUCGCGGGACUGGAAAGGCCGGGCCCAGGCCAAGGGGUCUCGCAGCUUCGGACAUAGUGUAACUGGAUUUCCAAAAGGAAUUUGCUGAGCUCCUGGCUCAAAAGCACGGAUCGGACUCAGAGCGACAAUCAGCCGUUUGGCUGAAACUUGGGCCGGAGCUGAAGGAGUGGGGAGUGGAGAAGGAGGCGGUGGCGGGGGCGAGCAGAGCCUCGAGGCGAGGGGGCGGAGCAGUACCGCCGAAGCUGCGGCCUGGGCGAGCUGGCGGCGGCGCCCGGCAAUUGCCUGGCGGGGGACGGACUUGGUGUGGGAGGCGUGCGUAUUUACUCUCGCUGGGGGUCGAGAGACUUCGGCAAACUUUGAAAGGUAACCGGAGACGCUUGUUGCUUCUCGCCUUAGAGAAAGCCGCACCGUUACGUCUUGGCGGGGAGAGGAAGGCUGUUCCGCUCAGCGCCCCUGGCCCAGGCGGACGAGUUUGGGGCCCCAGAGGCCACACGAGUGCGAGGGGAGGCAGUUGCGGCGCCCCCGCGGCGCGGACAUCCAGGCGGCAGCGCUCUCGCCUGCACGCUGCCCACGGCCCGGCCCCGGCGCCAGGAGGACUCUGAUGCGUCGGGCGCGGCGGCGCCUCUCCGGAUCCAAGCCUUUCUCUGUCGCCUAGUCGCCCUCCUCGGGCUGAGAGUGCCGCUGCUCCCGCUGCCGGAGAUGCCGGGCCCCGGCACGGCCGCGUCGCGCUCGCCCCUGGGCUUGUGCGCCCUGGUGCUGGCGCUGGUGGGCGUGCUGCCCGCGGGCGCCGGGGCGCAACCGUACCACGGCGAGAAGGGUAUCUCGGUGCCAGACCACGGCUUCUGCCAGCCCAUCUCCAUCCCUCUGUGCACGGAUAUCGCCUACAACCAGACCAUACUACCCAACCUGCUGGGCCACACGAACCAAGAGGACGCGGGCCUUGAGGUGCACCAGUUCUACCCUCUGGUGAAGGUGCAGUGCUCGCCCGAGCUGCGCUUCUUCCUGUGCUCCAUGUACGCGCCCGUGUGCACUGUGCUGGAGCAGGCCAUCCCGCCGUGUCGCUCUUUGUGCGAGCGCGCCCGCCAGGGCUGCGAGGCACUCAUGAACAAGUUCGGCUUCCAGUGGCCUGAGCGGCUGCGCUGCGAAAACUUCCCGGUGCACGGCGCCGGUGAGAUCUGCGUGGGCCAGAACACGUCCGACGGCUCCGGAGGCCCCGGCGGCGGCCCCACCGCCUACCCCACCGCGCCCUACCUACCGGACCUGCCCUUCACUGCGCUGCCCCCGGGGGCCGCAGACGGCAGGGACCGCUCGGCUUUCCCCUUCUCGUGCCCCCGUCAACUCAAGGUGCCCCCCUAUCUGGGCUACCGCUUCCUGGGCGAGCGCGACUGCGGCGCCCCAUGCGAGCCGGGCCGCGCUAACGGCCUCAUGUACUUUAAGGAGGAGGAGAGGCGCUUCGCCCGCCUCUGGGUGGGCGUGUGGUCGGUGCUGUGCUGCGCCUCGACGCUCUUCACCGUGCUCACCUACCUGGUGGACAUGCGGCGCUUCAGCUAUCCUGAGCGGCCCAUCAUCUUUCUGUCGGGCUGCUACUUCAUGGUGGCCGUGGCGCACGUGGCUGGCUUCUUGCUGGAGGACCGCGCUGUGUGCGUGGAGCGCUUCUCGGACGACGGCUACCGCACGGUGGCGCAGGGCACCAAGAAGGAGGGCUGCACCAUCCUCUUCAUGGUGCUCUACUUCUUCGGCAUGGCCAGCUCUAUCUGGUGGGUCAUCCUGUCGCUCACCUGGUUCCUGGCGGCCGGCAUGAAGUGGGGCCAUGAGGCCAUCGAGGCCAACUCGCAGUACUUCCACCUGGCCGCGUGGGCUGUGCCCGCCGUCAAGACCAUCACCAUCCUGGCCAUGGGCCAGGUGGACGGGGACCUGCUCAGCGGGGUGUGCUACGUGGGCCUGUCGAGCGUAGACGCGCUGCGGGGCUUCGUGCUGGCGCCCCUGUUCGUCUACCUCUUCAUCGGCACGUCCUUCCUGCUGGCGGGCUUCGUGUCUCUCUUCCGCAUCCGCACCAUCAUGAAGCACGACGGCACCAAGACGGAGAAACUGGAGAAGCUCAUGGUGCGCAUCGGCGUCUUCAGCGUGCUCUACACGGUGCCCGCCACCAUCGUGCUGGCCUGCUACUUCUACGAGCAGGCCUUCCGCGAGCAUUGGGAGCGCACCUGGCUCCUGCAGACCUGCAAGAGCUACGCCGUGCCCUGUCCGCCCGGCCACUUCCCGCCCAUGAGCCCCGACUUCACCGUCUUCAUGAUCAAGUACCUGAUGACCAUGAUCGUGGGCAUCACCACCGGCUUCUGGAUCUGGUCGGGCAAGACCCUGCAGUCGUGGCGCCGCUUCUACCAUAGAUUCAGCCACAGCAGCAAGGGGGAGACUGCGGUAUGAGCCCCGGCAGCUCCCGGAAUGGGGGCCCCCGCAUCCCUUUGCAGGGGGAGAGACGCGGUAGGGAAACAACUAAUGUGUGUGGAGAGGGGAGUGUUUUUGUAACCUCCCACGCUCCGCUGAGUAGUGACCUGGAAGGGAGAAGUUUGCAGAUUUGAGGUGAGCGGUGGGUUUGGAAAGGAGGCCUGGGUGAAAAGACUUCCGGCAAAGACUUGCAGAAUAAUGAUAGUAACGAUAGUGAUAAUCAGUAAGGGACGGGCAGACUUGGGCCUGUCGAGGAAAUUGAGACCAGCAGAGACUGCCGUGCUUUCUUCCCGGCCCAGGGGUUGAACUGGGGCUAUGAGCGAUUCCUCUGCUGCAAGGGAAGUGGCCUGUCUCCACUCCUGUGACGCCCGGGGGAAAGGUACAGCGCCGUUUGCGGCGGCCACUUUGUUGGGGAGAGGGAGGACUCCCUGCGGUGUCCUUGUCAAACGGUGGUCAAACCAUAAUCUCUUUUCACUGGGGCCAAACUGGAGCCCAGAUGGGUUAAUUUCCAGGGUCAGACACUACAGUCCUCCCCUACCCCCUCCGGCCUGUUUUCCCUCCUCUUCUCCUUUCAAGUCUUAUAAAAUAAGCAUUUGGAAGUCUUGGGAGACAUGCUCCUAGAAUCCUAAUGCGAAGAUGCAAAAGAAAUGACGAUAUCAUUUUGAGAUGAGGCAAAGGAGACGAGUAGGAGGAAUUUCUGCUGCUUUUUAAUUUUGUGGGAAGGCAGGAGAAAGAAAGAAGGGUGUUGUGUUUGGUUUAAUAUCCUGAAAAGAAGUGAUGACUUGUUGCUUUUUCGAAACAGGAACGCAUUUUUCCCCUUGUCUUUGUUGUAAGAGACAAAAGAGGAAACAAAAGUGUCUCCCUUUGGAAAGGCAUAACUGUGAAAGACAGCAACUCUUACAGGCAAAGUAGCGCGAAUCUGAGGUUUCCCUUUGGUUGUUAAUUUGGUUGAGGUAAACAUUCCUUUUUAAGGAAAAGUGGAGGGCAGCGUGCUUUCGUGCCCAGUUCAGUCAGAGGUUUUGACUUGGCUAAAGGAAACUCAAGGGGUUUCGUUGUUGUGUUUGUUUUAAAUAAAUUUAAUUCAGAACACAUGAUCCAACAGUCUUGGUUGCUUAACAUGUUCAGGGAAAUCUCUCCAUUUUUUUUUCUUUUUUAUGGCUGUAUUUAGGGUUGUUUUUUCUAUUUUUUCUCCAAUUUGAAUCCUUCAAAAGAAAAGAAAAAGCAUAAUGGCUUCAGCUUCAUAAUAAAGUAAAAAAAAAAAGUAAAAAACCAUUUUGUCCUGUUUUCUUAAUUUCAUAAAUCUGUUAUAAAACAUCUUGUGUAUACUGACCCUGUCUUUGUGUGUUUGGGUAAGGAGGUGUUCUACAGAGAUAGUAGUGAAUGAAGAGGAAAGUUCCAACCAUGGGCCCCAUUUUUUAAGGAAACUCAUUAAAAGAAGGUAAACUUUAAAGUAAUUCUGGAAUUCUUUGAAAUGUGCUGGAUGAUUUAAAUUUAUUAAUCUUAAAUCAUGUACUUUUUUUCUGUAAUAAAACUCUUGAUUCUUUCGUAUAAUGGUCUAAAGCUGAGCAAAGAAUUAUAGGAGCUAACCUUUACUCCCCCUUUGACACUAUCCUGUUGUAACACUAUCCUGUUUCUCAGAAUAGUUUUAAAAUGCCAAUCAUAGAAGGUACUGAGGGGAGUACAAGUUACUUUAUAUAUGUAAUGUUCAGUUGAGUGGAGCUGCUUUUAUAUUAAAGUUAAAAUUGACAUUGUGUUUCUUUAACCUCCCAAAUUGUCUCAUCUCUCUGAUUUUUUGAACUCCCGCUACACAGGUUUUGGCCUCUUUUGUGUUAUAUCUUAAGUGCAUGUGAAAAUUGUAAAAUAGAGACAAGUGCAGUAUGUAUAUUUUGUAAAUCUCCCAUUUUUGUAAGAAAAUAUAUAUUGUAUUUAUACAUUUUUACUUUGGAUUUUGUUUUGUUUUGCCUUUAAAGGUCUACAGUGAAGCCCCACUUUAUUACAUGUACAGAACACAAAUAAAUUUUUUUAAAAUACAAUUGUUUAUUUAAUCUGCUGUUUUUAUACAUUGUUAAGCCAAAGAGCAGAACCUUGUGUUAAGGAAAGAAAGUAUAGAGGGACCCCAUUGGGUGUGUCACCCAUUGGGGGAGGAUGUAUGUAUUAUUGAGGUCUUUUUUUCUUCUGCCUUUUAAAAUACAGUGUA